CAUUCUUUGACACGGUGUUAAAGGGAGGAAAUAACAACAGCUGUUCGAAGUCGGACGGGUAUCAAACCAUUCAAUUUCAUCAUCUCACAAGCAAGGGUCAAGAGAAGUUCGAUCUUUUAUUUUUGGAAGGGAUGAUAGUAAUAGCAGAAGUUCCAUGUCAAUUUCAGAGGAUUCUUCAGAUGCU